CGGGCCUCUGCUACUAGUGAGGGGAAGAUGGCGGCCGCAACUGUGGUGGUUCCCGUAGAGUGGAUAAAGAACUGGGAGAAAUCAGGGAGAGGCGAAUUUUUGCAUUUAUGCCGGAUCCUCAGUGAAAAUAAAAGCCAUGAUAGUUCAACUUACAGAGAUUUCCAGCAAGCUCUUUAUGAGUUAUCAUACCAUGUCAUUAAAGGAAAUCUAAAGCAUGAACAGGCAUCUAAUGUUCUUAAUGACAUUAGUGAAUUUCGUGAGGAUAUGCCCUCCAUUCUUGCUGAUGUAUUCUGCAUAUUAGAUAUUGAGACAAAUUGUUUAGAAGAAAAAAGCAAGAGAGACUAUUUUACACAAUUGGUAUUAGCAUGUUUGUAUUUAGUUUCAGACACAGUUCUAAAGGAACGCCUGGAUCCAGAAACAUUGGAAUCAUUAGGGCUUAUUAAACAAUCACAGCAGUUCAAUCAAAAGUCAGUUAAAAUCAAGACAAAGCUCUUUUAUAAGCAGCAAAAAUUCAAUUUGUUAAGAGAAGAGAAUGAAGGUUAUGCCAAGCUGAUUGCUGAAUUGGGGCAAGAUUUAUCUGGAAAUAUUACUAGUGAUUUAAUCUUAGAAAAUAUCAAAUCUUUAAUAGGAUGCUUUAAUCUGGAUCCCAAUAGAGUUUUGGAUGUCAUUUUAGAAGUGUUUGAAUGCAGGCCAGAACAUGAUGACUUCUUUAUAUCUUUAUUAGAAUCUUACAUGAGUAUGUGUGAACCGCAAACACUGUGUCAUAUUCUUGGGUUCAAAUUCAAGUUUUACCAGGAACCAAAUGGAGAGACUCCUUCAUCUUUAUACAGAGUUGCAGCAGUCCUUCUACAAUUUAAUCUUAUUGAUUUAGAUGAUCUUUAUGUACAUCUUCUUCCAGCUGAUAAUUGCAUUAUGGAUGAACACAAACGAGAAAUUGUAGAAGCUAAGCAAAUUGUUAGAAAACUUACGAUGGUUGUAUUGUCUUCUGAAAAAAUCGACGAGCGAGAGAAAGAAAAGGAAAAAGAAGAGGAGAAAGUAGAGAAGCCGCCUGACAACCAAAAACUUGGUUUGUUGGAAGCCUUGUUGAAGAUUGGUGAUUGGCAGCAUGCACAGAACAUUAUGGAUCAGAUGCCUCCAUACUAUGCAGCUUCACAUAAGCUAAUAGCCCUUGCUAUUUGCAAGCUCAUUCACAUAACUAUAGAGCCUCUCUACCGAAGAGUUGGCGUUCCUAAAGGUGCUAAAGGCUCACCUGUUAAUGCUUUGCAAAAUAAGAGAGCACCAAAACAAGCAGAGAGCUUUGAAGAUUUGAGGAGAGAUGUCUUCAAUAUGUUCUGUUACCUUGGUCCUCACCUUUCUCACGACCCCAUUUUAUUUGCAAAAGUGGUGCGCAUAGGCAAGUCAUUUAUGAAAGAGUUUCAGUCUGAUGGAAGCAAACAAGAAGAUAAAGAGAAAACGGAAGUUAUCCUUAGCUGUUUACUUAGCAUUACUGACCAGGUACUACUUCCAUCUCUUUCUUUGAUGGACUGCAAUGCUUGUAUGUCUGAGGAACUAUGGGGAAUGUUUAAAACAUUUCCCUAUCAGCAUAGGUAUCGUCUGUAUGGCCAGUGGAAGAAUGAAACUUAUAAUAGUCACCCACUUUUAGUAAAAGUUAAGGCCCAAACAAUAGACAGAGCCAAAUAUAUCAUGAAGCGUCUAACCAAGGAAAAUGUGAAGCCUUCUGGAAGACAAAUUGGGAAAUUGAGCCACAGCAAUCCAACCAUUUUGUUUGAUUAUAUCUUAUCACAAAUACAGAAGUAUGAUAACUUAAUAACACCUGUAGUAGAUUCAUUGAAAUACCUGACUUCAUUGAAUUAUGAUGUUUUGGCCUAUUGUAUCAUUGAAGCUUUAGCUAAUCCGGAAAAGGAGAGAAUGAAACAUGACGACACAACCAUCUCAAGCUGGCUUCAGAGUCUGGCUAGUUUCUGUGGUGCAGUUUUUCGUAAAUAUCCAAUUGAUCUUGCUGGUCUUCUUCAAUAUGUGGCUAAUCAGCUAAAGGCAGGCAAAAGUUUUGACCUGCUUAUAUUGAAAGAAGUGGUACAAAAAAUGGCAGGAAUAGAAAUAACAGAGGAAAUGACGAUGGAGCAACUAGAGGCCAUGACUGGUGGAGAGCAACUAAAAGCCGAGGGUGGUUAUUUUGGCCAGAUCAGAAACACUAAAAAAUCCUCCCAGAGAUUAAAGGAUGCACUAUUGGACCAUGAUCUUGCUCUUCCUCUCUGUUUGCUUAUGGCUCAGCAGAGGAAUGGGGUAAUCUUCCAGGAAGGUGGAGAGAAACAUUUGAAACUUGUGGGAAAACUCUAUGAUCAGUGUCAUGAUACCCUGGUACAGUUUGGUGGGUUUUUAGCAUCUAAUCUAAGCACAGAAGAUUAUAUAAAGCGAGUGCCUUCAAUUGAUGUGCUCUGUAACGAAUUUCAUACACCCCAUGAUGCAGCAUUUUUCCUGUCUAGGCCAAUGUAUGCACACCACAUUUCGUCAAAGUAUGAUGAACUUAAAAAAUCAGAAAAAGGAAGUAAACAGCAACAUAAAGUUCACAAGUACAUUACAUCGUGUGAAAUGGUGAUGGCUCCUGUCCAUGAAGCAGUGGUCUCCUUACAUGUUUCCAAAGUCUGGGAUGACAUCAGCCCUCAAUUCUAUGCCACAUUCUGGUCAUUGACAAUGUAUGACCUUGCAGUUCCACACACCAGCUAUGAACGGGAAGUCAAUAAACUUAAAGUCCAGAUGAAAGCAAUUGAUGACAAUCAGGAAAUGCCUCCAAAUAAAAAGAAAAAGGAGAAGGAGCGUUGUACUGCCCUUCAGGACAAGCUUCUUGAAGAAGAAAAGAAACAGAUGGAACAUGUACAGCGAGUUCUACAGAGACUGAAACUGGAGAAGGACAACUGGCUUUUAGCAAAAUCUACCAAAAAUGAGACCAUCACAAAAUUUCUACAGCUGUGUAUAUUUCCUCGAUGUAUUUUUUCAGCAAUUGAUGCUGUUUACUGUGCUCGUUUUGUUGAAUUGGUACAUCAACAGAAAACUCCAAAUUUUUCCACACUUCUUUGCUAUGAUCGAGUUUUCUCUGAUAUAAUUUACACAGUUGCAAGCUGUACUGAAAAUGAAGCUAGUCGAUAUGGGCGAUUUCUUUGCUGCAUGUUAGAGACUGUGACCAGGUGGCACAGUGAUCGCGCCACAUAUGAAAAGGAAUGUGGAAAUUAUCCAGGAUUCCUUACUAUAUUACGAGCAACUGGAUUUGAUGGUGGAAAUAAAGCUGAUCAAUUAGACUAUGAAAACUUUCGACAUGUUGUGCAUAAAUGGCAUUACAAACUAACCAAGGCAUCGGUACAUUGCCUUGAAACAGGCGAAUAUACUCACAUCAGGAAUAUUUUGAUUGUGCUAACAAAAAUACUUCCUUGGUACCCAAAAGUUUUGAAUCUGGGUCAGGCUUUGGAAAGAAGAGUGCAUAAAAUCUGCCAAGAAGAAAAAGAGAAGAGGCCAGAUCUAUAUGCAUUGGCUAUGGGCUACUCUGGGCAGUUGAAAAGUAGAAAGUCAUACAUGAUACCUGAAAAUGAGUUUCAUCACAAAGACCCCCCUCCGAGGAAUGCAGUUGCCAGUGUACAAAAUGGGCCUGGUGGUGGGCCUUCUUCUUCGUCGAUAGGAAGUGCAUCCAAAUCGGACGAAAGCAGUACUGAGGAGACUGAUAAAUCAAGGGAGAGAUCUCAGUGUGGUGUGAAAGCUGUUAAUAAAGCUUCUAGUGCCACACCAAAAGGGAAUUCAAGCAAUGGAAACAGUGGCUCUAACAGCAGCAAAGCUGUUAAAGAAAAUGACAAAGAAAAAGGGAAAGAGAAAGAAAAAGAGAAAAAAGAAAAGACUCCAGCUACUACUCCAGAGGCCAGGGUACUUGGUAAAGAUGGUAAAGAAAAACCGAAGGAAGAGCGGCCAAAUAAAGAUGAAAAAGCAAGAGAGACGAAGGAAAGAACACCUAAGUCUGACAAAGAGAAAGAAAAAUUCAAGAAGGAAGAAAAAGCUAAAGAUGAGAAAUUCAAAACCACUGUCCCCAGCAUAGAAUCAAAAUCGACUCAAGAAAAGGAAAGAGAGAAGGAGCCAUCCAGAGAAAGAGAUAUAGCAAAGGAAAUGAAAUCAAAGGAAAAUGCUAAAGGAGGAGAAAAAACACCAGUUUCUGGGUCCUUGAAGUCACCUGUUCCCCGAUCAGAUGUUGCAGAGCCUGAAAGGGAACAAAAACGCCGCAAAAUUGAUACCCACCCUUCUCCAUCGCAUUCCUCAACAGUAAAGGUUACAGCCAUACUUCCCAAAGUUCCUCUGGGUUCUGAGAACUAUGCCAGCUCACCUGUCAUCUCCAUUCAUUUUCUACAGGACAGUCUCAUCGAACUCAAGGAGUCUUCAGCAAAGCUCUACCUUAAUCAUACUCCUCCACCACUGUCCAAGAGUAAGGAGAGAGAAAUGGACAAGAAAGAUUUGGACAAGUCGAGGGAAAGAUCCAGAGAAAGAGAGAAAAAAGAUGAAAAGGACAGGAAAGAACGGAAAAGGGAUCAUUCAAACAAUGACCGUGAAGUGCCACCGGACUUAGCCAAGAGGCGAAAAGAGGAAAAUGGAACAAUGGGGGUUUCAAAACACAAAAGUGAAAGUCCAUGUGAGUCUCCUUAUCCAAAUGAGAAAGACAAGGAAAAAAAUAAGUCAAAAUCUUCAGGCAAAGAAAAAGGCGGCGAUUCGUUUAAAUCUGAAAAGAUGGAUAAAAUCUCCUCCGGUGGCAAAAAGGAGUCCAGGCAUGAUAAAGAAAAGAUAGAAAAGAAAGAGAAACGGGACAGUUCAGGAGGAAAGGAAGAGAAGAAACAUCAUAAGUCCUCGGACAAGCACAGAUAAUGAAGACUUUCAAUCAAGGGUAUGGACAGACCCCUAAGCUGAAGGUCUCCCAGAGGAGGAUGCCAAAGCUCCAUGCGUCACUCUCAGAACGAUAUCUCCCAUAAUUAAGAGCUUCUGGUGCUGUCCAUUUAAUGGGAAUCUGCUUUAAGUCAGAAGAUGAAUACACACCACCAUCCUCUUGACGAGACAUUCCAAAGUCACUGAUUUUCAGAACAUUAUUUUCACCUCCAGGCAGUUUCUUGCAGCAAGGUCCCUGUGUAUACAAUUUUUACUCGAAAUUCGCCAUCCAGAAGCAGCAUCUAAUGAAAAUUUCACUAACUGUUUUAGUUCAUCCUUCUUUCUCAGAAGGGAGAGGAAGUCGCCUCCUGGAACCAAUUCUUAAUGACAUAGAUAGGCU